GCGCGCGCAGGCGCCGCCUCGGUUAUUUAGGGCGGGAGCCCGGCGAGGGCGCCGGGGAGCCGCGUCGUCCUGGGUCGGUGGAAGCCUGGCCGCGCUCGCCAUGCCAAACCGCAAGGCCAGCAGGAACGCCUACUACUUCUUCGUGCAGGAGAGGAUCCCCGAGUUGCGGCGGCGGGGCCUGCCUGUGGCUCGGGUGGCGGAUGCCGUCCCCUACUGCUCUGACGACUGGGCACUCCUGGGCCAGGAUGAAAAGGAGAAAUACGCAGACAUGGCUCGAGCGUGGAAGGCCGCCCAGGGAAAGGAGUCUGGGCCUCCGGAAGAGCAGAAACCUGUGAGCACCCCACUCCAGAAGCCGGGCCCCAUCGCACCGAAACCGAGCGUCUCCCCCCUGGAUGUGUCCCGCUUGUCUCUGAAGAGUGAUCAAGGUCUCCUUAGAGGUGUCUUUUAUUUCCUGAACAUUUUCAGCCACGGCGAGCUGCCCCCACACUGCGCACAGCGCUUCCUGCCCUGCGAGGUCGGCUGCGUGAAGUACUCCCUGCAGGAGGGCAUCAUGGCCGAAUUCCACAGCUUCAUCCACCCCGGGGAAAUUCCACGAGGGUUUCGGUUUCAUUGUCAGGCUGCAAGCGACGCCAGUCACAAGAUCCCGAUUUCGAACUUCGAGCACGGCUGUGACCAGGCGACGGUGCUGCAGAACCUGCACGAGUUCAUCCACCCGCAGCCGGGGAGCUGGCCGCCCGUCUACUGCAAGUCCGACGACCGGGCCCGCGUCAACUGGUGUCUGAGGCACAUGGGGAGGGGCUCAGAGACCAGGCAGGACCUGGAGCUCCUCGCCGUCGAGGACCUCGUGGUGGACUUCUACCAGCACAAGUUCCACAAGGAGCCGUCCAAGACCUGGGUGCGCAGCAUGCUGGACGUGUCCGUGUGGGACUACUCGAGCAACACCAGGUGCCGGUGGCACGAGGAGAACGACACGCUGUUCUGCGCGCUGGCCGUGUGCAAGAAGACCGCGUACAGCAUCAGCAACUCACUGGCCACGCUCUUCGGCUUCCGGCUCACCGAGGCCCACGUGCCCCUGCAGGACUACGAGGCCCCCAGCAGGGUGACGCCCAAGAUGGUCAUCCUCGACGCCGGGCGCUACCAGAAGCUAAGGUGGGAAAGUCCAGGAUUCUCUGGUUCCAAACCUUCUUAUCAGGAGCUGAUAAUACGCACCCCCACCGGUGAGCGGCCCGUCCUGUGCAGGUGCAUGUCCGGGGGUCCGGGCGCCACCGGUGCCCGAGGGGAGGCUCAGCAUCAGCCUCGGGAGCGGGGGGUCUGGUUGAAUGGGGAGUUUUGCCAUCAGGGCCUUCAACAGCGGGCACGUUUUUGUGUCACUCGGAGACGGCUGGACUCGCUCUCCAGACGUGUUGGGGGCAGUGAGAAGGAGGCCGUCACUCCUGUGCGGCCGGUUCCCGAGCGCUGGUCCGGCGGUGCCUGGGCAGGUGGGCGCUUUGAAGCCGGGGACGUGAAACUCGGCGGUGCCCGAAGGACCCCAGCUGUGGUUUCCAGGGCCAAAAGCACGCCGGGGUGCCUCGUCAGCCCCGGGCGUGGGGCCCGGGGCGGCCGUGGUGGGGGAGCCGCACGCACGCCCACGGGGGUCGCUGUACGACGAGGCUGCGAAGCACUGACUUUUCUUUCCCACGUUCCCCUGGUCCCAGGUGACAGCCCCGUGGGGGUGAAUAUGGCGGGCCCGGCCGGCCACGCACGGGGCAGGGGCAUCACGCGGCUGCUCGAGAGCAUCUCCGGCCCCUCCGGCCAGGCGCCGCCCCGGUCCUCCAGCCAGGAGGCCCCGAAGGAGGGGGGCGGCCCUUUCCCGCCCCCGCCCCAGUGA